GAUGCACGACAGGGUGAACUGGAGAGACUAUUUAGAAAAUAUGGAAAAGUUGAUAGAGUGGAUAUGAAGUCUGGUAAUUUUUGCUUGUUACAUUUUCACCCUCUUAUCUUGUUUUUAUGUCACUCAAGUUAUUGCAUUAUUUGUUACCAUGUGCUAUAUCUAUAAGCAUUUGAAGGAAGUUUGCAAGAGUUUUGCUCUCUAAUCAAAUAUUAUAUUAAAUAUUUGGGAAGUUUUUGGAAGAUUAUAAACAAGAUUUUUCAAAAUUCAUAAACUUGUAGUUGUCAGUAUAUGCAUCAUAUCGACGGUAAUGGGGUUCUACCUGUAAGUGGAAGAUUCUACUUCCCCCUUCAGCAUGGAGCAUGUUUGGUUUUGUUUUACCACAUGCAGACGACGAUUCAAAAGGUAGUCAUGUCAACCUGGUUGUAGCCUGACUCGGUUUUGGAGCACUAUGGGGUUAAUUUAUGAAGCUUCGUGAGAUUAUAAUUCUGCUUUAUCAGAUGCAUGUUUCAGUUAUAUAUAUUUUUUUAUUACAUAUGGUUCUUGUGAACAAUCUAACAUCAAUCAUCAACAUAUUCCAAUACAAUUUGUUGAUAAGUAAGAAUAGCAAAUGCGAUCCAUACCAUCACACAACGGACCACAAGAUUUGCAAAGUGAAAGGUUCCCUAUGUUCCAGAGACUUCUACGUUCCACGUUGUAAAGGUGGUGGCCUGGAUAAGGAUUACCUUGGAUUUCUCCAACUAUCCCUGGCUGAUGGAUCAUCAUCCGCAUUCCAUUUCCAGGCCAUGACGGGCUUCCUCUUCUCCUUUCUGAGAAGAGCCAUUCCGAUCCACUUUGGCAUCACCAUCACACAUUCACCACAGACAUUGUUGCCUUUCAUUCCACGUGGCUUUUGCCCAGUCCUCAUUUUCAGACAUGUUACCAGAGGCAACAGAAUAGAUGAAGGCACCUUUUUUACUUAUUCUGCCAUGAGACAUCCAUCCAAUCCAUCCUUGGAUUCUAGUUCCAUGACAUCUCUUAGUUCAUUGCGCAAGGGUUUGCUUUUGUUUAUAUGGAAGAUGAAAGGGAUGCUGAAGAUGCCAUUCGUGCACUUGACCGCUAUGAAUUUGGUAGGAAGGGACGCCGACUUCGUGUUGAGUGGACAAAGCAAGAACGCAAUGUUAGACAACCUGCAAGUUCUAGGAGAUCUUCAUCUAAUUCGCGGCCAUCAAAAACCCUGUUUGUAAUCAAUUUUGAUCCGUAUAAUACUAGGACAAGGGAUUUGGAGAGGCAUUUUGAUCCUUAUGGUAAGAUUUUGAAUAUAAGGAUCAGAAGGAAUUUUGCGUUCAUCCAAUUUGAGUUGCAGGAGGAUGCCACCAAAGCUCUUGAUGCUACAAAUAUGAGCAAGCUGAUGGAUCGGGUCAUUUCGGUUGAAUAUGCGAUUAAAGAUGAUGAUGAUAGAAGGAAUGGGAAUAGCCCUAAUGGAGGUCGUGAUAGGUCACCUCGUAGGAGAAGUGAUGACAGGGGAAGGUCACCAAGUCCGUAUAGGAGAGAGAGGGGAAGUCCGGAUUAUGGGCGAGGACGAGAUAGGGCAAGUCCUGAUUAUGGUCGUGGACGAGGCCGCAGCCCCAGUCCGGCACACCGGAGGGAGCGUGGCAGCCCUGAUUAUGGUCGUGGUGCUAGCCCUAAUGUGAAUGGGAAGGAGAGAAACACAGAGUACCGUCGUGAUGCUAGUGGAAGUCCAAAUGGAAGGGUGAGGAAUGCGGAUUAUCGGCGUGAUGCGAGCCCGAGUCCUCGUAGGGAGAGGGAAAGGAGUGGUCGUGUGUCGAUCCCAAGGGAGAGGGAGAGGGAGAGGGAGAGGGAGAGAGAGAGAGUGAGUCCUGAAUAUGAACAUGGUGCAAUCGUGAGUCCUCGGAGUGAAGGUCGAAUAAGCCCAGAUGAGUCUCCUCGUGAAGCAAGCCCGGAUGCAAAGGCAGAUCUGCGAGAGAGUCCUGGGUAUAGUGGAGCUGAAAGCCCUCCUGAAAGGUAUCGAAGUAGGUCACCGGCAGCGGCAAGAGAGAGAUCUCGUUCUUGAAAAUGUAAGAAUGGAUGGUAGGAGGAGGGGUUAAGUUUGAAUUUGAAAAACAAAGAAGAAUGUAAUGGAUUUUUUUGUAUUUGUUUCUGUUAUGUUACUUGACUCCUGAACCUGAACCUGAACCUGGUGAGAGUGAGUCAUAAUCUUAGAUUUAUCCUUCUUUCUAUUUCAAUCUGUGUUGGUUUCAAGA